GUUGCGCCGCCGGGCGACAGCAGCGGCUGAGAGUGACGUCAGCGGCAGGCACGUGACCACGACAGCACGUGAUCGCCCGCCAUCCACCCCUAGCGUGAAAGCCGGUGCCCUGCAAAACUUUGCCUGGAAGCGACCAGCGCCGCCGCCGGAAGCCCACGCCGUCGUCGUCGCCGCUCGACUGCGACACAGCUCCCCGGACCGGAGGACAGCCAGCCAGCCAGCCAGCGCGCGGAGGGCUACACACCGAGCCCGCGCCGAGUCCGCCGCCAGCGCGCCAUGAGCGUCGUAGCCGUGUGGUGCCUGCUGGCGGUGCUCGCCGCGGCGGCGCCGUCGCCCUCGUCCGCCAUGCCGCACUGCAGCUGCACAUACAAGAGCUGCCAGCCGGAGCUGCGCGUGUUCGAGUGUCCGUUCGGCGAGGGCCGCGACCCGUGCGACUGCUGCCGCGUGUGCCUCAAGGGGCCCGGCGAGGCGUGCAGCCCGUUCGACGUGGCGUGCGGGCGGGGCUUCUACUGCGAGCCGGUCUCGGGCCGCUGCCGCUCCGUCACCCGGACGUGACCGCGCCGGAGGCGGCGACAGCGGGCACGUCGCGGCGGCGGCGCGGCGACGGUCACCGCCGCCGCGAGAGAGGCGCGCCGCCUGCCGUCACGCCCACCGACAGAGAAGAGCCGGCCGGCGACGAGGCCGUGACCCAUGUGUGACCUCCGGCCUCUCAGGGCCACACCGCCGAAGAUGGACUUGUCCCCCCCCCCGGUGAGGGCGGAGGGGGAGGGGGGCAAGUGGCCACAGACGGACUCUUCGCCUGGAAUGACGACCAGGCAUCCGACAGGCGGCCGCCACGGCUGGACCGGGCAAGUCUCAAGUCCUCGGAGGAGGGCCAAGAGUCCGAUACGCGGCCGCCGCGGCUGGACCGGCCGGCCCGGGUCCGUCUCAGGUCCUAUGAGGAGGGCCAGGCGUUUGACAUGCAGCCAUCGCGGCUAGCCCGGCCGGCCCGGGCCAGUCUCAGGUCUCGCGGAGGGGCAGUGUGCUCCGCGCGCUGCUUGAGGUCCCGGCCGAGCCGAGCGACGUUGGACCCGGCCCUCGCCUACCGUCGGGCCGCGCCGACACAGAAUAUAACGUGUACGACGUCAUUUGUGACGUCAUGAGCAGAGAGCACGGCGGCGCACGUGUGAUCUGAUUCUGCCAAAGAGCCCAGUAUUCGUCCGCGAUAGGGUGAUGUGCGCCAAAAGUGUAUUCGUGUGUGGAAUUGCGCGGCUUGCGAGCCGGCCAAUACAGCUACCAGUACAAACCGCCCGUCUCUGUGCCGCCGGCCGGGGCGCAUCACUCCUGGUUUCACAAGUGAGACACUGGCCCAUCCCGUCAGGUAACGCUGACAGAUGAGCCGAGCGAGCUCGACAAUUUGUGCGCCGCUGCCCCAUCGGCGCCCAAAACAGCGACGAUGUCCGACAGACGGCGAAAGGGAAGGAGCUUGUGGGGACCGGACGGGAAAACACACGAUACAAUAUCGUCGAAUGGCCAGACCAGCCUGGCGGAAACCCACAGCAGGAGAGAAGCAAAACUCUCAAAACGUGACCAGCCACGCACCGGCACCACCCUGGACGCUCGUGUGCCGGCUCAGAACGGCAUGUUUGGGUGGUAACGGUAGCGGUGCCGGCUUUCAAUAUCCUCAACACAAGUCAACAUUUUCUUCGCACCGGAUUGUACGGCAUUGUCAGCACACCGCUUGUCUCGAGCCGAUGCGUGCUGAUGUAGGUACUGCCAGCUGUCGGUGCUGUGCUACCGAACAGCCACAAACACAGGGAAACCCACCAGGUAAAACGAAGCCAACUGAAGACGGCUUUGCGGCGUGAGACGCAAGAGUGCCACUCGCCAAAUCCGCACUUUUGUCUAGAUAUCAUCGCAACCACAACAGCAUGUAAGUCUAUUGCCGCGCCGCAGCAGUCGUCCGCGAAGUCGUGCUUGAGGCGUACGUGACACGGGCACCUUGCC